AUGCAAGACACAGAAGGUUCACCAUCAAAGCUAGCAGUCUACAAGGAUAGAGUAAAAAAAAAAAAAAAUCAAACAACUUCCUAUCUUGGAAUCCAAACCACAAUGGCAGCCCAGUACCUCAGCAACCCCAGGACCAGCCACGGGCUUGCAAACCCUGGAGAUUCCCAGCUGAGACUUAUCUUAGUGGGUAAGACUGGGGCAGGAAAAAGCGCAACAGGAAACAGCAUCCUCGGAGAGAAAGUGUUUCCAUCUAUCUUUUCUGCUGUAUCCAUCACCAAGCACUGUAAGAAAGGAAGCAGCACCUGGAAGGGGAGAGAAGUUGUCGUCGUGGACACACCUGGCCUCUUUGACACGGAGGCCCCAGAUGCUGAGACUGUCAAGGAGAUUACCCGCUGCAUGGUGCUGACCUCCCCGGGGCCUCAUGCUCUGCUCCUGGUCAUCCCACUGGGCCGUUACACACCCGAAGGCCAGAAAGCCACAGAGAAGAUCCUGACGAUGUUUGGAGAGAGAGCUAGGGAACACAUGAUUCUCUUAUUCACCCGGAAAGAUGACUUAGAUGGCAUGGAUUUCUGUGAUUACUUAAAUCAUGCUCCUAGAGCCAUCCAAGAGCUGAUUCGCAAGUUCAGAGGUCGCUACUGUGUUUUCAACAACAAGGCCACAGGAGCUGAGCAGGAGGACCAGAGGGAGCAGCUGCUGGCCCUGGUCCAGGAUGUGGUGAACAAGUGCAAGGGGAGAUACUACACGAAUAGCCGGUAUCAGAAGACCGAGGAGGAGAUUCAGAAGCAAACUCAAGUGUUAGAAGAAAAUUACAGAGAAGAGCUCGAGAGAGCAAAAGCUCAGAUAAAACAGGAGUUCGAAGAGGAAAUCAGAAAGCUGAAGGAUGAACUAGAACAGCAAAAGUGGAAGGUGAAAAUGGAAAGGCAAUUGGCAGAAAGGGAAGCUUACUGGGAUUCAAGGCAGCAAACAGCCAGAGAUGAUGUUUUGAGUCAGAAUGAGAUACUUGAACUCAUCUUUAAGUUGUUAGAGGCUGCUUCCCAUGUCUUCUCUCUGUUUAAGGAUUAA